GGUUAGGAAAAUAAUUUAUAUUUUUUUAAACGAUAUUAUAAUACUUAAAUUUAUAAUAUUUUUUCUUAAUAUAAGUGUUCAAUUAUUAAUUAAUUAAUAUUAAUAGUAUCGGUCGCAUUCGCGAUGCGGAUCACACAAGUGCUGUACAAACAUAAUAUCGGACGUCUCAUCAAAUGGCAAUGGCGAUCCCAGCGCAAGAAGACCUUAAUUAUGACAAACGCGGAAAAAAUUCUCUCGUCUUAUAAUAUACCAAUUGAGGACGCCAAACAGGUGAUACGGGAACCAUUAUUUGAGGCUCAAAAACAAGACAUUAAAACGAUUAUGGAAAAUAUUGUCGGACCAGCCGAAUUGCCACCUGAAGAAAAUAACACACAUCCAUUUUGGCACGACGAUCCAUGUUAUGUAUACGAAGAUCAUAAUAUUUUAGUUCGUGGUAUCGAACAAGCCAAAGUAUUUACUAAUUCAAUUGAACCCAUACCUGGCCUGCCACAGUAUUUUAAUGAACUCUACGAAGCAUACAAAUUACCCAAUCAAGAUGAACAUAUUCAAAGAGUUAUCACAGCAUCUAUUAUAUAUGAUGCAGUGCAAGAGAAAUUACCCAUUAGAAAAGAUCCGAAAAGACCUGCAUGGAAGUUUCCUAGAGAUUACGGUAUUCCGGACAAAAGACGUAACAAUUUAAUUGUAAGUAGGCUGCUACAAUUAUGCGAAUCCAGUGUUGGACACAUGUGCUCAAAUAAAAUAGUUGCUAAAGAUGUUUUUUUUAAAGUGCCUUUGGAAAGAAAUGGAAAUGUAAGCCUCAAUGUAAGGGCUGAUUUACUGCUUUUAUCUGAUAAUGCUUUAGCUCCCUACACAGAUGACAUUCAAGGGGAACUACCAAAUUUAUUUCCAUUAGAUUAUAAAAUAUCAUUAGAUGAGAUAAAUAUUUAUCAUAAAAAUGAGUUUAUUUCACCUAUUAAAGGAAAAUUUAAUAAUAUCCACACAGCAUUUAUACAUUACAAUGAAACAGAGGUAAAGAAUUUGUAUGAAACACCAGUAGUACAAUCACAAAUUAUUGGAAGAUCAUUGAUGAAAUGUUAUGCUUUUGCCAUUGCUAAUGCCAAGUCUAAAUAUGGAGAAGACAUUAAAGAAUUACCAGAACCUAUUACAUUACAAUGUAUACAUACAAAUGCACAAUGGUUCCAUUUUUCAGUUUUUCAAUUGAAUAGUUUAGCUAGUCCUGAAGAAGAUGGAAAGAAAAACAUUUACUGGCAAACACCGUUGUUAGAUAUCUACAAAAAAUGUGGUUUUGAUGGAGGUAUACCGGUUUUAGAAGGAUACAAUCCAGAAGUAUUCAAACAUUUUUUGUCGUUUUAUAUGAAUGGUAUUGACUACGAGCAUAAGUAAUUUGUAUUAGUUUUAUAAAUUAUUAUAUAUAUUAUAUAGUUGGCUAUAUUAUAUAUAUUAUUAUAUAUUUGGCUAUAUUAUAUAUAUUAUUAUAUAUUUGGCUACAAUAAAAUACCUAGUCUGUUGAAAAAAUAAAUUGUAAUUUAAUUAAGUUAGAAUUAUUAUUAUGAUCUAAUUUUGGUCAAUUAACAUUUUCUAUAAUAUUUUUAAUGAGCAAAAUAUAAAUAGUGAAUUAAUUUAUUUGAUACUUAGUAUCAAUUUGUUUGGCAUAGUUAUUUCAUUAAUGGUUAAAGAAUCCUUAUUAAAGAAAUUUUGAUUUCACACAAUUAAUUAUAAAAGAAAAAAUUUGGAUUUAUGAUUUUAAUAAGUUUCAGGAUUACAUGCUAUAACAAGUUAAACCCAAAUAUUUUAAUUUAUAAAUAAAUUAUGAAAUGAGAGAAAGUAAAAGCUAAUAAUGACUUUAAAAUUAAAAUUUAUUAUUCUAGGUAUAUUAAAUUGUUAAAUUAAUGUUUACG